UCUCAUUUGUGCACCACAAUAUUAAACUUAAGCUCACGCAGCACGCACCGUUAAAACGUAAUCGUAAAGGAAAACAUGUUCAAAUACUUUGCCCUCUGUUGUUUCGCGCUUUUCGCUUUGGCGGCCGCUAAGCCAAGCAUCGUCGCUCCGGUGGUCAGCUACUCGACGCCACUGGUCGGCACUACGUUCGCCGCCACCUACACGUCGCCCUACGCCGCCUACGCUCCUUAUGCUGCUGCGUAUGCUCCGUACUCGGCUUACUCGCCUUACUACACCGCCUACUCCACUUAUCCAUACGGCUCGAUAUUGCUCAGGAAGUGA